AAUUGAAACAACAAUUAGCGAUAAUAGUAAUCAGUAAUCACUAAUUCAAAGGAGUCAGUUUACGAUUGUCAAUUAUUGAAGCAGUUCAUUUGCAAAAUGGCGGAGAAAACAAAGAAAAAACAUGCCCUUUUCUCAUUGAAAAGCUUUAGGAGUGCCAAAGAUGGUAAUAUAAGACCUAAGACCCCACCGACACCUAACGGACAGGAAGUGAAGUUUUUCCCAUCAAAUUCUGUUAAUAAAUAUGCGCAAAGUCAGGAGCCACGGCCUCGAUCGUCAUCGGCGGCUGGGAUCAAGGAGUUGGUUCAAUGCGCGUUAUGUCUGGAGGUGCUCCACAACCCGAAGAUGCUGCCGUGUCAGCACACGUUCUGCAUGGCUUGCUUGGCAGUCUAUGCUGGAAAAUCGCCUAUCCUAGAGUGCCCAAUUUGCCGAACGAAAAUUCAAGUCAUCGGCCCGAACUUCAUCAGAGACCUGCCUUCAAACUUGUACAUAGACUCGCUGCUGCAACUAGUCGGCAUCAGUAAUGGGAGCGAGAAGGUUGCCACUCCUCCACAAACGCCUUUGGUGCCAGGAAUGCAGAGUGUGGAACUUUUUGCGGCGGGAGUGAGGUGCACACAGUGUCAGACUAUGUGCGACAGCGUAGAUGUUACUGCGUGUGAACAUUGCAAGCUGAAUUUCUGCCGCGUCUGCUGGUCUCAGCAUUUGGACGACAUGCGGACCCAAGUGGAAUCUAUUCUUAAGCAACUGGAAGCGGCCUCUGAAAGGAUGGAACACAAAGUGGAAUAUUACAAGGACCGCUGUGAACGCAUAACAGAACAAAUAGUCAUCACUGCCGACGAAAAAAUCAACGCCAUCAUCGAAAACAAAGACAAGCUGCUAAAGGAAGCUUCAGAACUUCAAAAAUGCGGGGAAAUGUCAGCUUUAGCCCUUAAAAGCUCUUUGGAAGAGGCCCGGCAAGUAGCAAAGAAAACCAUGUCACUUAAGGAGCAUGUGGAGGAAAAUACAAAGAUAUCCACCUACAUAAACCUACAUCAGAACGCCGUCCAGCUUCUCUCGGACGUUUCCAAAUGGGACUCAGAGCGAUUCGUGUUCGACAAAGAGAACUUCCGCAUUGAGUUGGACUCCGCUACUCCGUUGGAGGCUGAGUCAGAUGAGCCGCUGCCCGCUGCUGGUCGGCAGAACGACCCGUUGGAGAGUGAAGAGAGCUUGACGUUACACUACAGAUCCCGUAGCUUUAUCCCACACUACGUCUGGCGCAAAACCGCGCGCCCAUGCGGCGUGGGCAUCAGCCCAUGGAACAACCAUCUUUACGUGUGCGGGAUGGACACCCACAGCGUAUUGGUCGUGGAACGUACCCAGGCGAAGAUAGUGACCAGACUGACUUGUGAAGAGAUGCUGUGCCCAGUGCAUAUUGCCUGUAUGAAGAGCUUGGGAGAGAUUUAUGUCACAGACAAAUGGAAGCACUGUGUCCACGUGUUUACGAAGGACGGCGAGUACGCCCGCUCCAUCGGGCAGAAGGGCAGCCGAGUCGGCAUGUUCCGGUCUCCUGAAGGCAUCGCAGCAGACAACGCUAGUCAGCUGCUGUAUGUGGUGGACACUGGAAAUGAUAGAGUUCAGAUCCUGCAACCCGACGGAAAAUUCGUCGAUCAAAUCGGCGUCAUGACCAAGCUCCAAACCGUCUACACGACCAAAAACUUGGAGACCAAAGAAGUAACAGUUACAGAGCUGAAUGCACCAACCAGCGUGGCUGUAACCAGCGAUCGAGUUGUCAUACUAGACAGUGGAAAUAGGAGAGUCAAAGUUUAUAACAAAGCUGAUAAGAGUAAGAUUAAGGAAUUUGGUUCUGUAGGUCAGAGGAAAGGACAGUUCAGGCAGCCUGAAGUCCUAGCCGUGGAUCCGAUGGGCUUCAUUCUUGUAGGAGAUUCUGGGAACUGUAGAGUGCAGGUGUUCAAGCAGAAUGGUCAACUGGUGCGGGCUUUUGGAGGGUUGGGCACGGAGGCGGGGAAGUUUGGAUGGAUUUCGGGGAUCACUGUCAGUAAACAGUUGGAUAUAAUCGUUAGUGAUACGAAGAAUCAUAGCGUCCAUUUUAUUUAAUUCUUGUAGGUAUCGAUGUUAUCGCCUAAUUCAUAAUGCUAAUAAACCCAACCUAAGAUCAAUGUGGAGAAGACCGGCAUAUAACAUUUUUGGUUGGGAAGACCGUCAUAGGACAAGAACUCUCGUAUUUGUAUACGUACUUCGCUCAGACAUAGAAAGGAAGAGCUUCGCUCCUUCUGCUCUACCGACCUUCUAUAAGUGGAGUAUGUGUAAAAACGCAAGAGUUAGAAGCGACAAAAGAACCUGUGAACGGUCUUAUCUGAUAGAGGGUCUUUUCUUUCCACAUUGAAUUUACAUAGUACUUAUAAUGAUCGUGUUUGCAGUCCUACAAGAGCAGGAGACAACUAGCUGUUAGAGUGAGAUGGCAAUAACAGCUAUAACUGCUAGGUCCGGAAUAGGUUUUACAUUCAAAUGGAAAUAUACAAGUAAAAAGUUGUUUUGUGUAUGUAUAACAAUAUUUUUAUAUCAUGUGGAAACGUGUACAGAAAAUAAAUUUUCAUUAAUCUUAAAAAUAAUGUUUAAUAAGUGGGAUUUGAUGCCUUUAGUAAAUUAAUAGUUAAAAUAUACUCAUUAUUAAUAUUAUGAUGAGGGUCAUACAAUCAAAAUUGACUAAAGGAGACAUUAACACAACUAAAAAAGACUUAAAAUAGAUGCACUGAGAAACAAAAUCACAGAGAUUCGACUUAUAAGUAACUAAAUUAUCUAUAAAUUUAGGCCCUUAGGCUUAAUUUAAACGAUAUAAUUUUAUUUAACGUGACUAAUGUUAUAUAAUUCGACUAUAUUAAUAAUCUUAAGGUACUUCCAGUUAUACCUGAAUCAAAACUAUCUGGUGAAGUAAUAGAGAGAGAUGACUUACUUAGCCGGUUAAGUGUGAGCGAUAGAUCCGAUAUAAGUACUACAGAUGAUUUUGAGACCGGUAUUGUUCCAUGCUGAGAAAUCUUUAAUAGCCUCCUAAAUUCCAGUCAUUUUUUAAUUUGGAACCUUCUUUUAUUCCAUCAUAGUUCCAAAUUCGAUCUAAUUUUGUACGUUUAAAAGGACAUUGGGACUUGGAGGAUAGAGCUGAUAAUUGGGUAAAUCAUAUAUAUUCUGUGGAACUAUAGGGAAGUACCCGCAGUGGCGGGGCGUCCAUAUUGAAAUUCAUUUCUUACGUAAAAAUUGACCACAAGGAAUGUAAUAGCAAUAGCCAAUUUUUGUAGCUUUUUUGAAGUCAAUAUGACGCCUCGCUAACUCGCUAUUGACAGCAACUUUAGUUACUUAAUAUGUUUGGACGACAGUUCUACAAUUCUGAUUCAUGUAAAUAUCUAAAGGGUUUUCUACAUGGUCUGCAUAACCGUCAGAUAGGUACUGUAUAAUAAUUAAGAGACAGACUAAUGUCUUGCUCUAACAUUUAUAUCUUAUGCCACACAAUCGUGCAUGUCGACUGUUUUAUAUUUGUUUUAAAAACUCAAAACAUAUUGCUCCUUUUAUAAGAAAAAGGUACUUAAAAGGAUAAAUGAAAAUUUUGGACCUCUCUCUAGUUAUAAGUACCUACCUACAGCAAACCACGUGACCGCUAACAUUUAGA